AUGUCCACAAAUCCAUUCGUCGCUCAAUGGGGUAUCUUAGGAUGUGGUUGGAUCUCGUCAGAAUUCGUCAAAGAUAUAUGUCGUCCUCCAAGUUCUAGAGGCGUCAAUGAUAUCUCUCAUGCAGUAGCUGCAGCCGGAUCAAGAUCACUAUCUAAAGCAGAAGAAUUUCUUGAAACGAAUAUUCCUAAUGGAGGUGCAGCGCAACAAGAUGGUUCAGUUGAUUUUAAACCAAAAGCAUAUGGAAGUUAUCAAGGUGUUAUAGAAGAUCCCAACGUCAACAUAGUCUAUGUUGGAACUUUGAAUGUUUGUCAUUACGAGGAUGCUAAACUAUGUUUGGAUGCUGGGAAACAUGUUUUACUUGAAAAGCCAGCUACCUUGAAUGCAGCAGAAUGGAGAAGUUUAGUUUCUAUCGCCAGAAAGAAGAAUUUGUUUUUGAUGGAGGCCGUUUGGACUCGAUUCAACCCCGUUCUCCUCGCUGUACAAAAAGCGAUUCAUCAAGAGAACGUCAUUGGGGAUGUAAGAUGUCUUUACAGUGAUUUAUCAAUGAAUUCACUAGGUAUACGGCCUGAUUCAGAUAGGUUAUUAAGUGCGGAUUUGGCUGGUGGGCCGUUAUUGGAUUUAGGUCCUUAUCCAUUAGUCUGGUCUAUGAUGAUGCUUUAUCACCAUCCCAAAAACGAAAAAACCGCACCGGCUAAAAUUGGAAGUACCAUGUUAUUACAUCAUACUGGAGUUGAUGUAGCUACCAACUUUGCGUUAACUUUCCCUAAGAUCAAUGCCAUUGCCAAUUGUACCGCAAAUUUGCUUUCUGCUACUCAGCAAUCACAACAUACCAGAAUCGUUGGAUCUACUGGUGAAAUUCUAGUUCAGGGUAUAACCUCUCGACCCACUUCAUAUAUACUAAGAAAGCGCAAAGAUCCUUCGGUGGAAAAUGGCGAUUACCUCCCUGAUAAAUUGGUAGAUCUGACUUUCAAAGAAGGUGGAUUGGUAUUUGAAGCGGACGCAGUGGCCAGAUGUUUGAAAGAUGGUUUGGUAGAAUGUCCACAAUUGCCUUGGAAUGAAACUGAAUUGACUAUGAGUAUAUUUGAUCAGAUCAGAAAGGAAGGUGGAUAUAAAUUCUUACCUGGUUUAGAAAAAGUUCAGUUGGAAUAG